ACACUACUUUACUUUCAUACUCUCUCUCCACUCAAUGGCAGAAGCAACAAAGAGGUAUGCUGUUGUUACUGGAGCAAACAAAGGCAUAGGAUUGGAAACUGUGAGGCAGUUGGCCUCAAAUGGGUUCACUGUAGUCUUAACUUCUAGAGAUGAGAAAAGGGGUCUUGAAGCUGUUGAGAAACUCAAAGAGUCUGGCCGCUCAGGCCAAGUGGUUUUUCAUCAACUUGAUGUGGCUAGCUCUGCUACUGUUGCUUCCUUGGCAGCGUUCAUCAAAACCCAGUUUGGUGAUAACUAUGGAGAAGAAGAAGUGAUAAAAGAGAGAAAGGUAAAGCUCUGUAUAUUCUCAGAAAUAGUAUCUGUUACAUCAUAA